AUGUCUUACCAAGGAUCACCAUAUUCGGGCCCGGGUGACGAGUAUGAUUUUGAAGACGACGGGUACGACGACUUAGACGAAUAUAGGGAACAAGAAGACCCAUUACCACCAGCACCAGUCGACGAUAGUGAUGAAGACACAGAAGAAGCAAGUGAAACAGACAUACCUAACAAUGAUGAACCAGUAGAGAUUAAAGAACAGAUGUACCAAGACAAAUUGGUAAACCUUAAAAAGCAGCUACAACAAUUAGAAGAUGGCAUUCAUCCAGAAUUCUUAAGACGGAUCAAAAGAUUAGAACAUCAGCUUCAUGAGAGACUAAGGCUUAACAAGAUAUAUAAAGAUCACAUGCAUGAUGUGGUGGAGCGUGAAUAUGUAGCUGAAAAGAAAGCUGCAGCUAAGGAGUUUGAAGAAAAGAAGAUUGAACUAAGGGAGAACUUGCUUAAUGAUUUUGAGGAUAAGAGAAAGAUGAUUGAAAAUGAAAGGCAUAGUAUGGAGCUAAAUGGCGAUUCCAUGGAGAGUAAAAUUAUAUUUCGGUCCUGGAUUCGCGUGUCCAGCAUGUCCAGCUUUUGGUCCUUCGUGCCGGAUGCUGACGUCCAGUAUGGCGUUUCGCAGGUGAAGCCGGUGAUGAAGAGGAUACUGCGGCGGCGCGCCAACGAGCCGGCGCCGGCGCCCGAGAAGCGGCGCAAGCCGCUCGCCACCACGCUCACCUUCCAGCUGGACGAGCGCGACGUGGACGCGGACCUGCGCGCCAUCGCGCGCCACUCGCCCCACUCGCCGCCGCCGCAGAGGCACCACGCGCCCGCGCACACCGCCGCGCAGCCCAGGAAGCACCUCAACUCCAACAGCUGUGAGUCGGCGCCGCCGCUGGGCGCGCGUAUGACACACACACUAACACAGAAAGCAUUCACAUACUCACAUGUAAAAGUCGAGGCCCCACGCGCCCGCGCACAACUCCGCGCAGCCCAGGAAGCACCUCAACUCCAACAGCUG